AUGUAUGCCAAAGGGAAGGGCUCAGCCGUUCCCUCCGACAGCCAAGCACGGGAAAAGUUGGCAUUAUAUGUUUAUGAGUAUUUGCUGCACGUGGGGGCCCAAAAAUCAGCACAGACCUUCCUCUCUGAGAUCCGAUGGGAGAAAAAUAUCACGCUGGGCGAGCCACCUGGGUUCCUGCACUCUUGGUGGUGCGUAUUCUGGGAUCUGUACUGUGCAGCCCCGGACAGACGGGAAACCUGCGAACAUUCCAGUGAAGCGAAGGCGUUUCAUGACUAUAGUGCUGCAGCUGCUCCAAGCCCGGUGAUGGGCAACAUGCCACCCAACGACGGGAUGCCUGGUGGGCCUAUGCCCCCCGGAUUCUUUCAGGGGCCUCCUGGCUCUCAGCCGUCUCCGCACGCCCAGCCCCCCCCACACAACCCCAACACCCCCAUGAUGGGCCCUCAUAGCCAGCCUUUCAUGUCCCCGCGGUAUCCAGGCGGCCCCCGACCCUCCCUGCGAAUGCCAAACCAGCCACCCGUUGGGGUCCCGGGCUCCCAGCCGCUGCUGCCCAACACCAUGGACCCCUCAACACGGUCGCAGGGGCAUCCAAACAUGGGGGGUCCAAUGCAAAGGAUGAACCCGCCACGGGGCAUGGCAGGGAUGGCACCUCAGAACUAUGGCAGUGGGAUGCGGCCUCCACCCAACUCCCUAGGAGGCCCAGGCAUGCCAGGAAUGAAUAUGGGUCCAGGAGGACGGGGGCCAUGGCCGAAUCCCAGUGCCAAUUCGAUAGCCUACUCUUCAUCAUCUCCAGGAAAUUACGUGGGCCCCCCUGGAGGAGGCGGCCCCCCUGGAACGCCCAUCAUGCCCAGCCCUGGAGACUCCACCAACUCCAGUGAGAACAUGUACACCAUGAUGAACCCCAUCGGGCCCGGCGGCAACAGGCCCAAUUUCCCGAUGGGUCCCGGGCCAGACGGCCCCAUGGGAGCUAUGGGAGCCAUGGAACCCCAUCACAUGAACGGCUCGUUAGGCUCGGGAGAAAUGGAUGGGUUGCCAAAGAACUCUCCGAACAACAUGGCGGGUAUGAGCAACCCUCCGGGCACUCCACGUGAUGACAGCGAGAUGGGCGGGAGCUUCCUGAACCCCUUCCAGAGUGAAAGCUACUCACCCAGCAUGACGAUGAGCGUGUGAUGCUGCAGAGCUGGCGGUGCCCUGGGGUGAGGAUGGCACUGCCCAGCCCUGCCUGCCAGCAGCGUCCCUGAGCACCACCUUUGUAAACUGUGUAUUUAAGGACAGGACUCUCUCUUCUCCCAUCCCCUCUUCACCCCUCUUCCCUCUCCCCCUGGUCUUGGGCACUUGCCUCCAGCCCCAACACACCUCCCGCAGGCUUGGACUGAGAUGGGCACUGCCCUGGCCCUGGCACAUGCCCCCGCCCCCAAUCCUCCUGGGCUGUCUGAGCUCCAGCUGGAUGUUUGGUGGACGGAGAUGGGGGUGUUGCCAGCUGGAGUGGUGGCAUCAGAGGGUCUGACUGGAAGGAGACAGGAGGGGCAGAGUUGGCUCCUGGUCCUGGCCCUGCCUUCCAUAGGAUGCUUUCUGUGGACAAGCAGAGGUUGGGGGUGUUGGAUGCUGGAUAUUCCUCCCAGCCCUCCCUGGGCCCUCUUCCCCCUGGGCCUGGGCAGGGGCUCCUGGAAGUGGAGUUGCCCACCAAAGACCUCCCCCCUCACCCACCUUCCUCUCCCUCCCACUGGGGCAGAGGCGGGGUGGAGGGGCGGAGCCGACGUCUCCGUGGAAGCCGUGGCUGCGUCUGGUCCCCUGUGCCGGGGGUUGGGGGUAGGCGACGCCUGGACACGGGGCCCCAGCCUCCAGAACGGCUCUGUGCUGAGGCUCUUCGGGCCCCUCUCCAGACCAGAGCCUGGCAUUGCGCCAAAGAGCCCCCCCCCCCCCCCCAAGCCCUCGCAUCCUGCUCAGAGUGGGAGGGGAAGAAGCUGACCCACUUUGGAGACACACAGGCACCUGGUGUGAGCUGAGCCUAGGCUGGAGCUGGUGCUGCAGGGUGACGCUGCCCCUUGGCCCCAGAACUAGUCCAGGGCUCUGCCAUCGGGCCCUCGGACCCCUCCGACUUCAAGUGACAGAGGAGACAAGGCGGAGACCUGUGGUCAGGGAAGUGCCAGUCCCCUUGGCCCAGUCCCUGGCCUCCUGCAGGGGCCGGCAGCAGGACGCAUCCCUCUCCCCCUCUGGGCACGGGCAGGGUCUUCUGAGCCUGGUGCCGAACCUGCCCUGCCCCUUCAGACACGACUGUGAUCUU